UGCAUAUCUGCUACUAUAUAAACGCACGACGUCCGUGCCUUUCUGCAAGCAACCUGAGAUAGCAACAAGAAUACUGUGCCCGGUACUCUUCUCCGGUAGCAAACAUGGGAAGCGCUCCUGCCACCGUCCGCGAGAUCUGGCAGGCGCAGCGUGCCGACGGCCCCGCGGCCGUGCUCGCCAUCGGCACCGCAAACCCGGCGAACUGCGUGCCCCAAGACGAGUGCCCCGACUUCUAUUUCCGCGCCACCAAGAGCGAGCACCUCACCGGCCUCAAGGAGAAGUUCAAGAGAGUAUGUCAGAAAUUAGGCGUCCAAAAGCGCUACUUGCACCACACUGAGGAGCUGCUCGACGCCCACCCGGAGUUCCUCGACCACGCGUCGCCGUCCCUCGACGCGCGACUGGACAUCGUCAAGACCGCGGUGCCGGAGCUCGCGGCGUCGGCCUCGAGGAAGGCCAUCGCCGAGUGGGGCCGCCCGGCCACUGACAUCACGCACCUCGUCGUCACCACCAACUCCGGCGCGCACAUCCCGGGAGUCGACUUCCGCCUCGUCCCGCUCCUGGGCCUCCGCCCCUCCGUGCGCCGGACCAUGCUGUACCUCAACGGCUGCUUCGCCGGCGCCGCCGCGCUGCGCCUCGCCAAGGACCUGGCCGAGAACAACCGCGGCGCGCGCGUGCUUGUGGUCUGCGCCGAGCUCACCGUCUUGCUCUUCAGCAGGCCCGAGGAGGGGUGCUUCCAGACGCUCAUCAACCAGGGGCUAUUCGGCGACGGCGCGGGAGCUGUCAUCGUCGGCGCCGACCCCGUGACCGCCGUCGAACACCCGGUGUUCGAGAUCGUGUCCGCCGCGCAGACAAUCAUAGCGGAGUCCGAGAACGCCAUCGCAAUGCACCUCACGAAAGGUGGCUACGGCGGCAACAUCUCCACCAGGCAGGUUCCCGUGUUCAUCGGAGACAACAUCGAGCGGUGCCUCUCGGACACGCUCGAGCCCCUCGGCAUUGGUGCCAAAUGGAACGACCUGUUCUGGGCGGUGCAUCCGGGCUCAUCGGCGAUCCUGGACCAGGUUGACGCCGUGCUCCAGCUCAAGCCCGAGAAGUUGGCGGCGAGCCGACGUGUCCUGAGCGAGUAUGGGAACAUGUUCGGCGUGACGGUGAUCUUCGUGCUCGAUGAGCUGCGGCGUCGGAAGGAGACGGAAGAGGAGGAGGCGCCUGAGUGGGGGGUGAUGGUGGCGUUCGGACCGGGGCUCACCGUCGAGACGAUGGUGUUGCACCGCUGCACGGCACAGGGCACAGGCGCCAACUGAGGAGAAGCUGGCUGUGGCUUGAGAUGGUGGCAGUGACCAAUUUGUUCAUUUGUUGGAUCUGGCUUACAUGUUGCUUACUCAGCAUUUCAUUCAUGUAAAUUAUUGCACUUAGACUUCGCUUGUUUGACUGCGUGUGUAAUAAAGUCAGAGUUGAAUAAUUUAAUGC